CCCCGCCUGGCUCCGGCCAAUGCUGAGCGCGGCGCUGGUAGAAGGGCCGCGGGUGGAAGGCUCUCAUGGACAGCAGACCCUGAGCUCUACCAACUGAAUUAUGGCAGCCCAGUCAAGCUUGUACAAUGAAGACAGAAACCUGCUUCGAAUUAGAGAGAAGGAAAGACGCAACCAGGAAGCCCACCAAGAGAAGGAGACAUUUCCUGAAAAGAUCCCCCUUUUUGGAGAGCCCUACAAGACAGAAAAAGGUGAUGAGCUAUCCAGUCGAAUACAGAAUAUGUUGGGAAACUAUGAAGAAGUAAAGGAGUUACUUAGUACCAAGUCCCAUCCUCAUCACUCGGAGGCGCCUGAAAACCGACCGGGAAAGCCGAGAUACCCUCCGUUUUCUGAGAAGGGGGGCAGCGUUCCAUCCCACUCCUUCAGCGCUAGUGUCCACCAGCAGCCUAGUAGCACUCCUGCCCCUGGACCACUCCCCGUCGGUAACAUCAGCCACAAUCCGAAGAUGGCACAUCCCAGAAUGGAACCAGUGCCAAGUCUCCAUAUCAAAAGCUAUGGCGCCCCGGACAGCCAGCACCUGACCCAAGAUCGCCUCGGUCAGGAGGGGUACAGCUCUAGUCAUCACAAACAUGGUGACCGCCGAGCUGAUGGAGACCACUGUGCUUUGACCAUAGACUCAGCUCCAGAGAGAGUGCUUUCUCCCUUACUCUCCUCUCUACCUUCCCCAGUGCCCCCUCUGUCACCUGUACAUUCCAACCAGCAAACUCUGCCCAGGACACAAGGGAGCAGCAAGGCUCACAGCAGUAGCAAUAACAAUAAAGGCUACUGCCCCGCUAAAUCUCCCAAGAACCUGGCGGUGAAAGUCCGAGACAAAGAAGCCCCUCAGGAUAGUUUAGUGGCCAUCUCCAGCCUGGGGGUAGCCCCUCCCCAGCCACCUUCUCAGUCUUUCCCCCCACCCUCCCUCCCCUCAAAGAGCAUUGCAAUGCAGCAGAAGCCCACAGCUUAUGUCCGGCCCAUGGACGGUCAAGAUCAGGCUCCUAGCGAGUCUCCCGAACUGAAACCACUGCCAGAGGAUUACCGGCAGCAGACCUUUGAAAAAACCGACUUAAAAGUGCCUGCCAAAGCCAAGCUCACCAAGCUGAAAAUGCCUUCUCAGUCAGUUGAGCAGACCUACUCCAAUGAAGUCCAUUGUGUUGAAGAGAUUCUGAAGGAAAUGACCCAUUCAUGGCCUCCUCCUCUGACAGCAAUACAUACGCCUAGUACAGCCGAGCCUUCCAAGUUUCCUUUUCCCACAAAGGAUUCUCAGCACAUCAGUUCUGCAACCCAAAACCAAAAACAAUAUGAUACAUCUUCAAAAACCCAUCCUAAUUCUCAGCAGGGAACAUCCAUGCUUGAAGAUGACCUUCAGCUCAGUGACAGUGAGGACAGUGAGAGCGAGCAAACCCCAGAGAAGCCUCCUUCCACAACUGCACCGCCAAGCGCUCCGCAGUCGCUCCCAGAAGCAGUGGCCUCAGCACAUUCCAAUGGUGCGGAGUCAGAGAGCACCAGUGACUCAGACAGCUCCUCCGACUCGGAGAGCGAGAGCAGCUCGAGUGACAGCGAAGAGAACGAGCCCCAGGAAACGCCGGCUCCUGAGCCCGAGCCUCCCACAACAAACAAAUGGCAGCUAGACAACUGGCUGACCAAAGUCAGCCAGCCGGCAGCGCCAGCAGAGGCCCUGGGGGGCGCAGAGCCCCCGCCUCGGCACCCAGACGGGAAGGGCAAGGCUGGUGACAGCAGCUCCACUAGUCACGAGCACUCAGAAUCCAAAGAUCCUCCCCCCAAAAACUCCGGCAGAGCCCCCCGCGUCCCUCCCGAAGGCUCCCACGCUGGCAAGAGGAGCUGUCAGAAGUCCCCGGCCCAACAGGAGCCGCCACAGAGGCAAACCGUUGGAACCAAACAACCCAAAAAACCUGUCAAGGCCUCUGCUUCUGACUCUCGGGCCAGCUUGCAGGUAGAGAGUGAACCAGGACUCCCUCACGGCUCCAAGGACCAGCCUUCCAAAGAUAAGCCCAAGGUGAAGACGAAAGGGAGGCCACGUGCUGGAGACAGCAGGGAGCCUAAGCCGGUGGUGCCCGCCCCCGGCGAGAAGAAGAAGCACAGGGCCGGGCCCCCUGCCCCUGCACAGGCACCCUCCGGGCCCGAGCCCACAAAGGGCAAUGUGGAGGACAGGAGCCCUGAGCACUUGGCCCUUGUCCCCCUGACUCAGAGCCAGGUCCCCAAGCACGACAGUGGCAGUGGCAGCAGGACUAGUGGCUGUCGCCGGGCCGUGGUGGUGCAGGAGGACCAUGGGAAGGACAAACUUCCGGUGCCUUUAAGAGACACCAAGCUGCUCUCCCCGCUCAGGGACACUCCGCCCCCGCAAAGCUUGAUGGUGAAGAUAACCCUGGACCUCCUCUCUUGGGUACCCCAGCCACCUGGGAAGGGGAGCCGCCAGAAGAAACCGGAGGACAAACAGCCACCGGCAGGGAAGAAGCUGGAUUCUGAGAAGAGGAGCUCAGACAACUCAAGCAAGUUGGCCAAAAAGAGAAAGGGUGAAGCAGAAAGAGACCAUGAUAGCAAGAAAGUUCGACUGGAGAAAGAGAUUAAAUCACAGUCAUCAUCUUCGUCCUCCCACAAAGAAUCUUCUAAAAUAAAAACACCCAGGCCCUCCUCUGAGCCCUCAAAGAAGGAAAUGCUUCCCCCUACACCUGUGCCAUCCUCGUCCGCAUCCUCCCAGAAGCCUGCACAAAAGCGGCCCCGGCGGGAAGCACAUCCCGGCAGCCAGGAGCCUCCCAGAAGUGCCAGUAGUACCAAGGGCAACCAUAAGGACUCUCCCGUCCCCAAGCGCAGAAAAGCAGAGGGGAAGGGCUCUGGAAGUUCUGCAGAACACAAAGGAUCUUCUGGAGACACUGCAAAUCCUUUUCCAGUGCCUUCUUUGCCAAAUGGUAACUCUAAACCAGGGAAGCCUCCAGUGAAGUCUGACAAACAAGCAGAUCUUCACAUGAAGGAGGCGAAAAAGUUGAAGCAAAAGGCUGAGUUAACGGCGGACAAGGUUGGGAAGGCUUUUAAAUACUUGGAAGCCGUCUUGUCCUUCAUUGAGUGUGGGAUUGCCAUGGAGUCUGAAAGCCCGGCGUCCAAGUCCGCAUCCAAGUCAGCUUACUCGGUGUACUCUGAAACCGAAGACCUCAUUAAAUUCAUAAUGUCAUUAAAAUCCUUCUCAGACCCCACAGCACCAACACAAGAGAAAAUAUUUGCUGUUUUAUGCAUGCGUUGCCAGUCCAUUUUGAACAUGGCGAUGUUUCGUUGUAAAAAGGAUAGAGCAAUAAAGUAUUCCCGUACUCUUAACGAACACUUCCAGAGUUCUUCCAGAGUUACCCAGGCACCUUCUCCAUGCAUUGCAAGAAGCACAGGCACACCGUCCCCUCUCUCUCCAGUGCCUUCUGUCAGCUCCGCAGGGUCCCAGGCUGGUGCUGGCAGCGUGGGGAGCGGCGGGAUGCCUGCCGCCAUCCAGAACAUGACAUCUUCCUACAUCACCAUCACUUCCCACAUCCUUGCCGCCUUCGAUCUUUGGGAACAGGCCGAGGUCCUUACAAGGAAGAAUAAAGAGUUUUUUGCUCAGCUCAGCACAAGCGUGUGCACCCUCGCCCUGAACAGCAGCUUGACGGAUCUGGUGCACUACACGAGACAGGGUUUCCAGUGGCUCAGACAAGGAACCAGAGCACCUUAGCAGAGGCCCAAGCUGAUUGGAUGCCUUGGGAACUAUUUUGCACAUUGGAAGCCUCAAAAUCAGUCCAGACAUAUGUCUCAUCAGGACACCAGAACUUGAGAAGCACCAUGAGAUGGCCAGGACAUCUGUCCACUGAGACUCAAGAAUGAUGUGGUCACUAGUUGGGCACAGUGGUUGUGCAGAAGUAGAAGUGAGGAGGCUGGUUUCAGAGAGGAUCUUCGCCUUUCCUGACUAGAGGACAGAGUGCAAUGUAGCCUGAAAGGGUAUGUGAAUGGUCUGGAGACAUUUCUGUGUUUUUAACCAGCAGGAUGCAAGUUGCAAACAAAAUGAGAAGCAGUUUCAGCCCUGAAGAUCCCCGUCCUCUCGGUAGCCACACUAGUCCAUUCCCAGAAGGAAAUAUUUUAAACAGUGAAUUUUGGUGUAGGGUUUUGUGGAUGAUUUUCUUUUAAGUUUUCUGGGGAAAUACUUGUUUUGUAAAUUCUAACCGUCAUCUGUAAAACAUAAAUUGUGAAGGACUCUACUGUACCCCACUUCCUGCCAGUGAGCAGUUGCUCUGAUAAUACCAAGUAUUGUCGUGACUGUAGAAUUGACGGCAACCCCCAUGGCCUGGAGUCCUUCGCGCUCACCCGGCCCUGGUGUCUCCACCACCUGGUCGAGAGCCAGCCCGGCGGCAGCGCCACAGCCGGGGAGCACGUGAUGCCGCCGCUCCCACGCUGCUCCCACGCUGCGUCAGCAGAAGGCAGUCCCAGUGACUGUGUUUUGAAUUUUCUACCGCGGGGAAGAAGGGAACCAACAUUUAUACACGACCAGAAGGGCUUUUUAAUUUUUGUGUAAGUAGAGCUGGAAUUCGAGGUGCUGGUCUGUAGUCCGCAGUGAUGGGGUAACUCCUGUUGUCUAACCAGCUCAGAGUUUUGUCAGUGAACAAAGACAAAUGAAAUCUACUUAGAGAGGCUAUAUUUUUCUGCUACGAAUUAUUUUAUAUUUAUAGCAAAACUAGACUUUCAGAGCCCUUAAUUGUCCAGAGGAAAUUAACUCCCUGAAAGGAUAUGGAGAUUUGGGGUGGUUAAUUAGACUUAAAAAAUAUCACCACACGCCUUCACUCCAGUGUUCUUGGCCAGCUAGAUCUGAUAGUUGAAGAGGAACUGUGGCCUCCCCUAAGUUAUUGCAUAUUCUAGACAUUAAACCAAGUUCAUGUUGAGUGACCUAAAACGAAAGAACAUGUCUGAAUUCCCACAUAUCCAUAAACACAGAUUUUCUUUUUCGUUGACACUUUGAAGGUUAUUACUGGAGGCAUUAUUUUGAGUGCAUUGUUUUAAAAGCCAAUUCUUUUUAUCCCUUUUAGAAAUAGAAUUUGCACACAUUAAAACUGAGGAGUAUUAUUUCUACUAUUGGUUUAUUUUUCUCUCUCACCCAUUCUGCCCCUCUCCAAGUUGUUUCCUACCAAGCAUGUUUGUUGACAUUUUCCUAUUUGUUUACCAGUGAAGAAAGGAGCAAAUACCACCUUUAUUUAUAAUGAAGUCGAAGGUCUAUAAGACUGUGAGAAUGUUCUUGGUAAUCUGGCAGACAUGUGAAGGGAUGUGGAGGAUGGGGAAGUGCAGGCCAUGUGAAGCUGUCCUUCACCGUCCGCCUGUUCCUCUGUCGUCACGCCCUGGCCGGGGCAGAGGUCUGUUACCUCAUGCUUAGUUACAGACAGAGUGGUUGCAGCAGUGGUAAUGUCUGAGUAUGAGAGCUUCAUGUGUGGUCUUGAUGUUCUAAAGCAAAGCCAUGGUCCUUUUUAAAUUACUCGUUUAAAAAGCACCCUGUUGUUAAAGGAACAGUAAUUGCCUAGUAGGUUGGAUGCUUGUGACAUUGUGUGUCCUUCUCUUAUAUGUAGGAGACAAGAUACCAGAAUUAGGCAUGUGUAGUUAUUUAACAUCAUCUUUCCUUCCCUGUGUUCCCUGGGCCCGUCCUGCCUCCUGCACAGCACUCCCAGCGCGGGCCCGGCCCUGGGAAGGACACGUUCUGGGCGGCAGGUCCUGAUCUGUGAGUCCUGCUGCCCGCCAGCCACCUGGCUCCUUUGACUGAGGGCGUUUCCAGCUUGAUUUCUCAGCCAAUGCUAAGCAAGUGAUUGCUGUCUCAGUGGCCUUAUGCUUUGUGGUUGUUUUUCCCUGACCUUUAUUAUUAAAAUUGUAUUUGUCCCUUGGAAAAUGAAAAACUAAUGAUUUUGCAGAGAUCAGUUUGUACUGUUUUGAUCAUGGACUAUUUCUGAUUCUUACUGCAACGAGCACUGUUCCUGAAAGAGAAUUCCUGGUGCCUGCUUUGUAAAUGAGGAUGUCAAGUGGCUGGAUGAGCCCUCCCUGUUCAUCAGCUCUUUUGGCUGUUACAGUGAAUAUAGAAACCAAAAGGCUUUGUAAAACAUUUGCACUUUUUUGCUGCAUGCUUAAAUUCCAAAAGGUAAAAUUUCUACCGAGGUGGAUAAUUGAAAGGACUAAGUAUAAAGUUAAGCCUUUGAAUGUGUGAGGUUCUAACAGUAAUAGUACACACUUCACAGUGAAACAAACCCCGAGUGAAAGCUGAGUGUGCACUGUGCCUUCGGCACUCCAGCUUGGUGCCUUUGUCAGAAGAGAAAGAACUGUUUCACUUUUUUAAAUGUUGGGUGUUUCUUCCCUGUCUGGAAAUGAUGACUGAACUUGAGGUUUUCGCCACACCGAGGGCCCUGCUAAACAAGGAACAGCAGUCCGCGGACACGUGCCAGGUCGCACAGGUUCCGGCGGGAAGAGCGGCCGUGCGGGGCGGGGGGCGGGAGAGCGGGGUGUCCGGAAGCUGACUUCACAGACAGGGGAAAACAUCCGAUUUCUUCGAACAAAAGGACCUUCGUUUUAUAGAUGUUUUGGCCAAAAUGUGUAGCUAUUUAUUUCCCUUAGAUAAAUUGGACCACACUUAAUCUCCCUUGUCCUAUAUCCCGAGCUCAGGAGAGUUAAAAGCUAAAAACCACCCUAUUCUGACUGAAAACUUGCCUUAAUUGGUACCUUAAAUAUUAAUGUUAGUAAGAUCAGGAACUUACUAUUUUAUUAUGAUUCUUGUUCAGUCAUUUUUAGCCAUAAAAAUAACUCUCAGCUCUAGUAUCUGAAAGAUGCCGCGUGCGCGCACAGAGGUGCACACCCAGCAUACGCGCCGGCUGAACCGGAGAUGUCUGUCGUGCCUUUUGUCGGCCAAACCCGAGCUUGGAUACCGCUGUUUGUUUCGCCAUGGCUUUGCCACGUCUGCGUGGGUCCUGGCACCGUUUGCUCUUCUGCUUCAUGAAGUUUGAGGUGUACUUUUGCAUCUUAAGGUAAAUGAAUCUAAUAAGGCUUGAUUCCCUGCCUCCCGCCAGAGUCUACUUUUUUCUUAAGGAUUUAUCUUCUCAGACACUACACGAAAUCUUCAAAGAACUUUGCCACUUCAUCUGUUACGCUCUUUACCACUAUUAGCAGUAUUUAAGUCUUGGAAGAGUCUCCGGGCUGCUUCUGGAGACAGACACCCAGACUCGCCCACUGGGAAGGGAGCCACGCGGUGGCUUGGAGGGCUGUCAGGGCUGUGGCGGUACUUGCUUCUUUCCCCUUUUCUCUAGCGGGUCGUCUCUUGUGUUUUUGGUCCUAUUUAGAAUUUAUGGAUGUAAGGUUUUUCCGAUGCCUUUUUCUUUAUUUUAUCUUCUAUCUUUUGUCAUUUUGUUUGCAGAGAUGGCGUGGCAGGAUAGCACGAUGUUGGGGGUUUUUCUCCAAACAUUGGGAGUGCUGUUUCUACCCUAAAAUCUCAAAUAUGCAAUCCAGCUGUGCUGGUUUCUCAGCGACUGAGAAUGAAUUGUGACCACUGGCCAUGUUCUUUAGUUUUUAUUCACAAUGAGUUGACAAGCACCAUCUCCCACCCUUCUUAAGGUGGCUGUAAAUUUCCUGUCGUCCUGGAGAAAAAUCACACUAUAUUCUGUUCCACUGUGCACCAGGUGUCAGCAGGUACUGCGAUGGGUAGAGAAGCGCCUGCACUUCUGUACCCGAGGGGGCAGGAAGGAGACAUACAGCUCUCUGGGCCGAGAAGAGGACAGAUCGGCCUGGAAGGACAAGGGCGCGAGACCACUGACAGCGAGGCCGGCCGCGCUGCGCUGGUCAGACCAGGCAGUGCUGACCUAGAAGACAACUUGCUUUGCUUAAAAGUAGAUGUUUAAGUGACGCUUAACACAGGCAGUAUUAACUUCGCCUUCUGUUCAGGCCAUCAACAUGUAUUGUUAAAAUUACUGCACAUCCCCCUCAGACAGCAAGUAUACACUGUUCAUGUUGGUGUGUGUGUGUGUGUAUAUGCUUGUGUCCUAAAUCUUGUUGUUAUUUUUGUUUUCUCUGAAUGUGAUUACGUUUUGGAUGAUACCUGAGCAGGGUUGCCCUUUUUUUUUUUCUUUUUUUUAUUUAUUACCAUUAUAUAUUAUAUUAUAUUAUAUUUUUUGCUUUCUUACAACUUUAGAGUAAAGUCAAAUCUUGGUAUUAUUAAAAUUGUUUUAAAAAUAAAUAAAUUGUCCAGUUGAUAAAUGAAGAUCACUGGUCUAUCUCUAAAAUAAUAUGAAUUUUUCUUUAAUUAUUGUGGAAUAACGUGCCAGCUAUGUAGUCCACACAGUGAUUCUGUACGUAGGAUAGAGGCAGAGAUGCUCUCCACGGGAAGAUGUGCAACAGGGGACUCGUGUACUUUAUCUACUUCAGCAAUGGAACUGCAACCCGGGGCUUUUGUGAAUAAAAUUUAGCUGCCUUGUAUAGUCCUUUGAAAGAGACAUGUGAUCUGUGAGAAUUAUAGUUUGUUUUCUUUUUUUAGAAGAAAAAUUUGCAAAAGAUCUUUCCAAAGAGAAUGUGCCACAGAUCUUUUGUUUGUUGUUCUCUGUAAUGAGGAGUAAUUGCUGUUAAAAAAAAAAUGUAAUUGAUUUGUUCACCUUCCUUUUCACAAGAGGAUCGAGCUGUAAAAAAAUUAAUAAAAAUUUAGUGAACUCAU